AUGGUCAACCGCAACUUCCUUCUCAGCACCCUCGCUACUGCCGCAACUUGUGCCUUUGCUCAAGACUCUGGAUCUGAGAACAUCCGCUUUGGCAAUGCAUUCUCCCUCGGUGCCACCACAAACACCUACAUCGUUGAGGCAGAAACAACUCUGUAUCCUGGCAAGACUCAAAGCGGUGAUACUCCUCGUCUGGCUCUCUGGCCUGGUAUGGGUACUGAUGAGGGCCAGCUCAUCCAAGCCAUCGUUCUAGCUUCUACCGAUGCUCAGGGUACGGAGUGUGGUGGUAAAUCUCAUGUAGAUGGAGAAUGGUGCGCAUUUGCCAGUGCGUUGCAGAACGACGUGCAACUCCAAGGCGCUACAUUCCCUGUAAAGUCGAACCAGGGUGUCAAGAUCCACUGCAAGCGAAUCUAUUCAUACGACGAGGCUUCAGGCAAUACCACCCAAACCGUCAGCGUCGAAGGCAAGAUCGUCUCAACCCUGUCGACCAGAUCUGGCAAAGCCAUUGGCUUCGGAACUGCCGAAGAAGCUCAAAAUGAGUUCAAGGGUGUGGUGUAUGAGCAUUCGUACGUCAACACUACUGUCGUUCUUGCUGCUGCAGACGCUCAUUUCGCUUCUACUCUGGGCAAGACUGGCGCAACUGGUAAUCUCGUGACUAAAGACAACAAGACUUUCAAGGUCGACAAGAUCACUAUUGCAGAGUACAGCUUCCCUGCUAGUGUAUAG